GGCCUCAGUCAGCCAUCAUGGUAGUAUGCUGGCCAUGAGGGAAGGCUGGUGUUCAAGUUACUUUCCACUCUCAUUUUUUUCUGGCAGUUGGAAGAAACUUCCCCAUAUCUGGCAAGUGAAUUUUCUCAUGGUUGGUGGAAAAGAGCCUGGUGUACCAGAGAGAGCACUGGACUUGGAACCAGAAGACCUGGGUUUGGGGUGGUGGCUGGUAGGCAGCUGGCUGAAUGACCUGAGGCUGCUGCUACGCCUGGGCACACAGAUUUUCCCGUGUCAGUUGAUCCGAGGUCUGAAAUCAAGUCGCAAAAUGAUGGCCUCUUUUCCCGCUGUCCUGCGAGCGUCGGGACUCUGCCUAAGAAGCCCAAAGAGUUGGGCGUGGCUGUCCGGGCCCCCAAAGAUGAGGCCUGGUGGCCCGGUCUCCUGGGCCCCUGCCCGGAUGGCAGCGACGGUGACACUGGAGCCCGCCGGCCGCUGCAGUUGGGACGAGCCGGUGCACAUCGUCGUGCGCGGCCUGGCCCAAGGGCAGCAGGUCACGCUGCGCGCCUCCUUGCGCGAUGAGAAGGGCGCGCUCUUCCGGGCCCACGCGCGAUACUGCGCCGACGCCCGUGGCGAGCUGGACCUGACGCGCGCGUCUGCGCUGGGCGGCAGCUUCACGGGGCUCGAACCCAUGGGACUCCUCUGGGCCUUGGAGCCCGAGGAGCCCUUUCUGCGGCUGGUGAAGCGGGACGUGCAGACGCCGUUCGCUGUGGAGCUGGAGGUGCUCGACGGUCACGAGCCGGAGGCCAGGCGGCUCCUGGGCCGGACGGUGCACGAGCGCCACUUCCUUCCACCCGGGGUGCGGCGGGAGCCGGUGCGCGCGGGCCGGGUGCGCGCCACGCUGUUCCUGCCGCCAGAACCGGGGCCCUUCCCUGGGAUUGUGGACAUUUUUGGAGCUGGAGGUGGCCUUCUGGAAUAUCGAGCUAGUCUGCUGGCUGGGAAGGGUUUUGCUGUGAUGGCUUUGGCUUAUUAUAACUAUGAACACCUCCCCAAGGGCAUGGAGACCCUCCACUUGGAAUACUUUGAAGAAGCUGUGAACUACCUGCGUAAUCACCCUCAGGUAAAGGGUCCAGGAGUCGGGCUGCUUGGAAUUUCCAAAGGGGCGGAGCUCUGCCUCUCCAUGGCCUCGUUCCUGAAGGGCAUCACUGCCGUAGUCAUGAUCAAUGGCUCAAUGGUCAAUGUUGGAGGAGCCUUACACUACAAGGAUGAGACUCUGCCCCCUAUAGGUCUGGACCCAAAUCGAAUCAAGGUGACUAAAGAUGGCUUGGCAGACAUUUUGGAUGUCCUGAACAGCCCUUUGGAAGAAUCUAACCAGAAGAGCAUCAUUCCUGUGGAAAGGGCUGAGAGCACCUUCCUGUUCCUUGUAGGUCAGGAUGACCAUAACUGGAAGAGUGAAUUCUAUGCUAAUGAGGCCUCUAAGCACUUACAGGCCAAUGGUAAAGAGAAGCCCCAGAUCAUCUGUUACCCAGGGGCUGGACACUAUAUUGAACCUCCUUACUUCCCCAUGUGCAGGGCUUCCCUGCACACUUUGGUGGGCCGUCCUGUCAUCUGGGGAGGGGAGCCCAGGGCUCAUGCCAUGGCUCAGGUGGAUGCUUGGAAGCAGAUCCAGAUUUUCUUCCACAAACACUUGGGUGGGGAAAAGGGAACAAUCCCACCAAAACUGGAAUCUUUUACUUAAUUGUAUGGCAUCUCUGGUACUAAUUUAUCCUGGGAACAACUGCCACAAUUAGUGUACAUGUGUAAUUUGUUUCUUUUUAAUAAUUACUUAAGUUUUCCCCUCCUCACUGUUAAAAUUGAACUUACCAAUGAGUUUUCAAGAUUUUUAUAAACUACAUGCCUUUUCAGUUGUUUGGGAGAAGAGUGACUCUGCAGAAAACACAGCAGAUGGGAAAAGCAUCCUUUUAGUCUCUCACAACACAUUGUAAGAGACCAUUAGCAUGAGAACUGCUAACUUAAGGUCAGGGUUAACAGCCCUAGCCUGAAACAACAUAAUUGUAAAUUCCAGGAUGUGGGCAGUUGCAGCAUGGAGACUAGA